CAGUGGUGCACCUGUACCUUGCAGAUCUAUGUAUCGUUCCAAGGAACAAUCUUGUCCCAUCAGACCUAGGUAAGGGAGGUUGGUAGAUUGCAAUUCCGUUGCACAAGUGGUAUAUCUGCUGGGCCAUAAUAUUUCCCCCAGACACUUAUUCUAGGUCAUUAAUACUUCAUGGUUGCGGUUCUAUCUAUUCCCUCUAACUCAUCCUCAUUCAGGCACGAUCCACAGAACUGGAGAUCAAAGCCCUUGCGUCACAGCCUCCGCCUUCAAAACCACUUUACUCCUGCACCCUUCGUCUGUAGAUCGGCACUCUCAAUGACCUGCAAUCGAACUUUGUAGCCCUCUUUAUUGCAGGGGUAGCCCAAUCCUCGGUUUCAUCAGCAGAUUUGUCCCUGGGUCAUGAUACGUUCAAACUAGACAGUACUCAUUCUUUCUUCGUCCCACUCUCUGUCUUUACCGCCUGCUGGCCCUCGGUUGACGAUAAUGGCGGGUGCGAAAAAGAAAAAGAAGCCCGCUGCUAACCCAGCUCGAGGAUUCGCAACCACGUCGGUUGCUUCCAAGCCCAGACCUGAGGUUGCCGAGUCUGAAUCGAAGCCUGUGACUAUCAAAGGCCUAAGUGCCCCUCCAUCAUCAACCCAGAAGGAUGCCCCUCCAUCCUCAUCCGCGACAACUGGCGAUACGACCACCAAUGCUGCAACCCAGGAGACGGCCCUUAGCCCCGAAGAGUUCGAGAAGCAGCUAGAAGAAUCUGAACUACAACUGCUCGUGGAGAAACAUGCAGCAAAAACAAAGAAAGAUGCUCAACGGCAACGGAAUCGUCUCGAUACUGACCGUCGACUCCUUCGUGGCCAGGCCGAUUCUAUCAAUAGUUUCAAAUGGUUACCCCCAGACUUGAUGGAUCACAUACUCGACCUCGUGCAAGCAGAAAAUCGAUUUGCCGCUUCUAGCCUGUCCUCCUCAGAGAAUGCUGGUGCUGGGAAGGUGCCUCCUGAAGAAGACAUGAUCAUCCGCCUCUGGACGUUACAACAGACCCUGAUCGCAGCAGAAUUCCCCACGGACAGAGUGACGGCUGCGAUACGAUAUAUCCUCGAUAUAGCACCUAAUGUCGCAUCGACAAAUCGAGAUUCUAUCUGGGGUCUAGAAGAGGCCCUUGACUGGCUAGCCAGAGAAUGCAAGAUUGGAGAACUGCCGAGUUACGAACCUAGAUCGAAACCGAUCCCCAAAAGCACCGGUGGUUCGUCUCCCGACGUCUUGGGCCCCUCUCCGACUAAUUGUGUAUAAUAGAUACCCCCCAGGACAGUCCAAUGCCGAGCCGCUCGAGUACUCCUCGUCAAACUGAUCCUCGGAACGGCCGUAAAAACAAGCCGGCUGGGAGCAACGCUCGAUCAGUCAAGGGUUCCGCACCCAGUAAAAAACUGGUGGUGGCUUGUGACAGCGACAUAGAAGCUGAUGAGCUUGUUCCAAAAUACCUAGAGACUAAGGCCAAAUUGCUAGAGCACGAGCGUGGAAAGGACCGGCCAGAUAGCUCAAAGACUCCAGAAUCGGACGAAGAACUUACUGUUGCCAAGCUCGAAGCUAAGAUUCGGAAGAUCGAAAACGAUGUUCUUUUCGACAAGUAUGAAGCCGAACAACGGUGGAGAGCCCAGAGAAUUGACCUCGAAAGGCGACUGGCUGCCGAGAAGCAAGAAUACCAAGCUCAGGCCGAGGUGAUACCAGCCAGAGCGGAUGAAGAUUCUCAUGAGCAAGUGGAGAAUGAUGACAUUAACGAUGAAGCUGAGCGUGUCGCCGCCGAAGUCUUAGCCGAGGGGCAAGAUGAGGAUGAAGAUGAUAUCGGCGUAUUAUUUGCAUCUCUGCCACAAAAUGAGUUUGACGCAAGCACGGGCGAAAACCGCACCAUUGUAAACUCAGCCGAUGGAAAUCGAAUUACAAUCCGCGAUUUUGGGAAGUGGACAGGCGUUAGUCCUCGAAGGGCACUCGAGGAAGCAUGUCGUUCGAGGGACUCUUCGGCGAGAAUUUUAUACUCUGUUGUAUCAGAUGCUUCAUUCGCCAAUCGUCAUUCCUUGGAUAUUACCUGGACCAAACCUCAAGAAGUGCCACCCCCAGCGGCUUCAUCUGACAUACAAAUUGCAGCGGACCCUUAUAGAUUCACUUUUACGAUGGUUGGCAUUGCAACACCAGAUGCUAAGCAAUCCGAAUCUUAUAUAUCCACAGCGGCCUUGUUCUAUACCUUCAGCGGCAAUGCCAAGGACGAAAAAGUGGUAAUCAGACUUCCCCAUGUCUGGAAAGACGUUUGGGCGGAACUUUCUGAAGCACGAAAAGCUCAAAUUGAUGAGCAAGACAGAGAUGUGGUGAGGGACUUGAGAGCUCUGGUGCGUCAAAGACACGACCAGGAGCUUGAAGAUGGUGUUAUCAUUCAAGGCGCGUUUCGGGGACGGGGCGCCAAGCAUACUCACGACUCUGGCGAUGAUGGUGGUCAAGAUCGAUCAAGGCAGAGCACUGCAAAUGGGGAGUACUUCCAGAAGAUCUGGGCAGAGAAGUCGAGCACGCGCAAGUUUCAGAUGAUGCUGCAAUCCCGAAUGCAACUCCCCAUGUGGAAUUUCCGAGAGCAAGUCUUGACUGCUGUCGAUGAGAACCAAGUGAUAAUUGUUUGUGGUGAGACUGGAUGCGGAAAGAGUACUCAAGUUCCGUCUUUCUUGCUGGAGCACCAGCUUUCUCAGGGGAAGCCCUGCAAGGUUUACUGCACAGAGCCAAGAAGAAUCUCUGCAAUCUCUCUUGCUCGUCGUGUCAGUGAAGAGCUUGGAGAAAACAGAAAUGACCUUGGAACGAAUAGAUCCCUUGUGGGAUAUUCUAUUCGACUUGAGGCUAAUACCUCGAGGGAAACAAGGCUGGUGUAUGCAACCACUGGUAUUGUAAUGCGAAUGCUCGAGGGCUCCAAUGAUCUGCAGGAAGUGACGCACCUGGUGCUUGAUGAAGUUCAUGAGCGGUCUAUUGACAGCGACUUUCUUCUGAUCGUCCUCAAGAAGCUCCUCAUAAGACGCAAGGACUUGAAGGUUGUUCUUAUGUCUGCUACAGUUGAUGCGGAUCGUUUCUCUGCUUACCUUGGUGGAGCACCAGUUCUCAAUGUACCUGGAAGAACGUUCCCAGUGCAGGUUAGAUACCUCGAGGAUGCCAUUGAACUCACUGGGUACACACCUGCGGAUUCUGGUCCUGAUAAAAUGGUUGACUUGGAUGAUGAUCCUGCAGAGAGUGAAGGAGAAAGCACCAAGAGUGAUAUUUCCAAGAGUCUAUCAGGAUACGCCGCGAGAACACGGUCGACACUGGCUCAAAUUGAUGAGUACCGUAUUGAGUUCGAUCUUAUUCUGCAGUUGAUAGCUCAAAUUGCGGUUGACGAACAUCUGCAGGAGUUUAGCAAGGCUAUUCUGGUGUUUUUGCCAGGUAUUGCUGAGAUUCGUACACUGAACGACAUGCUGCUAGGAGAUCCCAGGUUUGCCAAAGACUGGCUUGUUUAUCCUCUCCAUUCAACCAUCGCUACAGAGGACCAAGAGUCAGCAUUCCUUGUCCCACCAUCUGGAAUUCGUAAAAUCGUUCUUGCCACCAACAUCGCCGAGACCGGAAUCACUAUUCCCGACGUCACUUGUGUCAUUGACACUGGCAAGCAUCGUGAGAUGCGCUUCGAUGAGCGACGCCAACUCUCACGCCUGAUUGAUACCUUCAUUUCCCGUGCUAACGCAAAGCAAAGGCGUGGUCGAGCAGGCCGUGUACAAGAAGGAUUGUGCUUUCAUAUGUUCACCAAAUUCCGCCAUGAUCAAUUGAUGAGCGACCAGCAGACGCCAGAGAUGCUUCGACUUUCUUUGCAAGACUUGGCGAUCCGAGUCAAGAUCUGUAAGAUUGGAGGGAUCGAGGAGACACUUGGCGAUGCUCUUGACCCCCCUUCGGCUAAAAACAUCCGCCGGGCGGUUGAUGCUCUGGUGGACGUUCGCGCCCUUACUCAAGCUGAAGAACUCACGCCGCUUGGACACCAGUUGGCUAGGUUGCCUUUAGAUGUAUUCUUGGGUAAACUCAUCCUGUAUGGAGUGAUCUUCAAAUGUUUGGACAUGGCUAUUACUUCUGCUGCUAUCCUAUCUUCCAAGUCACCCUUCUCGGCGCCGUUUGGACAGCGCACUCAGGCAGAUAAUGCUCGCAUGGCUUUCCGUCGGGGAGAUUCCGAUCUUCUCACUAUUUACAACGCAUACCUGGCUUGGAAGCGGGUAUGCCAGUCUGCUGGGGGCGGCGGAAAGGAGUUCCAGUUUUGCCGCAAGAACUUUUUGAGCCAGCAGACUCUUGCAAACAUCGAAGACCUCAAAGGACAACUCCUUACCUCUCUCGCCGACUCCGGCUUUCUUUCUCUCACUGAAGACGAAAGAAGAGCCCUUUCCCGAGCUCGAUUUUCUGGAGGCAGAGGACGAAGGCAGCAGCAAUUCUAUGAUAUUCCUCGAAGAGUCAACCUCAACAGUGAUAACGAUGUUGUCUCGGCAUCAGUUAUCGCCUGGAGCUUUUACCCCAAGAUUCUUGUGAGAGACGCGCCCGGGUCCAAGGGCUUAAGAAACAUCGGCACAAGUCAGUCCAUCAGUCUCCAUCCAUCGUCUGUCAAUCGGGGACGCCACGACCUUCGGUGGCUUUCCUAUUAUCACAUUAUGCAGUCCAGAGCGGUUUACCACGCCCACGAGGCUACUGCUGUGGAAGCAUUCGCCAUUGCACUGCUUUGUGGUGAUGUACGAUGUGAUAUGUACUCCGGGGUCAUCGUUCUAGACGGGAACCGCGGUCGCUUUGCAGUACCAGACUGGAAAACGAUGCUAGUCAUGAAGGUCCUCCGAACACGUUUACGAGAGUUCUUGACGAGAUCUUUCAAGCAGCCAGGCAAGCUUCCUACUGCUCAGCAAGAAAAGUGGCUUGAUGUUUGGCAGAGGAUCUUCACACAAGAUUUUCAGGAUAGAUCUACCGCGGGCAUAAUGAGCAAGGGGUGAGAAUACACAUUCUAUGGGUGUGUUGCUUGACUAGCUGUAAACUGGAUGUCAAGGUCAUCGUGGGAUGCCAGAGACCAGAACGGGAGACAAGUUGCACAUGCUGGUAGAAAGGUGCUUGUUGUAUAUACAUCUUGCCAGACUUUCUUGGGGAGCGAUUAACAUAUAGCCGUGCUGGCUCUGAAGAUCAGUUGAAAGCCAUCUGAGCAAUACGCAAAUGAAAGAACAAAACCGCGUGGUAGCUCAGGUUUGAUUUGAUUGAUUCCCAUUCGACAUCCGCAUUAUUCGUACAGCCACGUAGUAACACUCCCUUCCCUUCCCUUCCCUUCCCUAGUCCUCUGGAUAUCAUUGAAGUUUAAUGAAUUACAUUAUGCUACAUCAAUCAGUAUACCAUUCAAAACCAGCUACUGACUCUGCAGUUAUGGUUCAGACCCAGGCUUG